AUGGCAUUAAACCUAGUCGGCGUCGAGUCCUUCAAUCUGGACAAGUCAAUCCAACGCCGUGGGGGAUGUUUCCCUUAUACCAACGCUUAUCCGUAUUCGCAUUCACUUGCGGGUAUGGUCGGCCUUGGAACGGCAUAUGCGGCAUGGUAUACCUACUCCAGUCCCCGCGCACUGGACAUCACGGACGCCGCUGCCAUCGCUGCGAUGUCCGCCAGCCACUUCUUCCUUGAACUCCCCGGGCACCGACAUGAUGUCAAGGUCACACCGUCUACGCCUCGCUCGCAGGAGCUGGGAGCCGGCCAAUUCGAUAGCCCUGCCUCCACGUUCGCGUUAGAGGUAGCAGUCUUCCUAUCCUCGCUGGCCUUCUAUGCUUGGCGGGUUCCCAGCGUGCGCCAGGAUACGCAAAAGCUACUCGGCGUGGGAGCAGUUCUGGUCGCAGAACAAGCAAUGUUCUCUUUCGGGAGCGCCCCGACGUCCGAGGUGCGCUUCGUGCACGCCCCAAUCUUCCUCGCGCAGAUACUGGGUAGUUGCUGGCUCUUGGGAAAGCUUGAUUCCUGA